AGCAUCAGGACCACCACCAGUGACUCACAGGAUGGUUGAACGGAAUUUGGCAUCACAAACGGCGUUUUGCUAUGGCGAUUUGAUUUCGGCAGUCAAUCAGGAGCGGUUGACCGCUUGGCAACAUUCGACUACUACCACCGCUGCCGCUGCCACGCCGGGCCUUUGUUAGUGACGAAUAGUGUGCCGCGUGAACUGGUUCCGGGUGGUGGUUGCGGUGGUUUUGGUGGCUGGAGGACGGGACGGAUCUAGUACGGGUUGGCUGGAGGAAGUCCAGAAACUUCACACGACGCCCCCCUACCGAGUCGACCCAGGUCCGCGUAUACGGCGAUAUGCGAUAAUGUCGGACCCGCCAAUAUCUGUCACAUGUUUCCGGGACGACGGUAAAUAAUUCGGUCCCAGGGAUGUCUCGCACGAUCUCGUCAUCACUACUAGCGCCACUACGAAAUUCGUCACAUUCAGACUACGACACCCGGCCAGAUUGGACGUUAGUCCUUAGGGGACACCAACAACGGGUGCGGACGGUUCUCAACGUGUGGGCGAUUCUCAAUCUGGCGAUAACCCCCCACAGUCAUGGGAAAGGGGAGGUCAAAACUUGCAACCCUCUCUUCCCCCCAGCUUCUUUGCUUUGUCCUAUUUUAUUAUUCAUUAAUUUUCUUUGGUUCUCUUCUGCCUUUCCUCCGAUUCGCCGACCCAACGGGACAACCGCAUGUUCACAACUCAUCGAUACGUAUCCUGCGAGCCGCCUAACCCUGGUGAGACGGGAGUACUUAUUACGCGACCGGUGUUCGCGAGAACGGCAGGAUGGGCGUAGCAGAGAGAUAACGUCACAUAUUCGGCUGUUCCGCUACCUAUCCACGGCUAGCAUACGACAGACAGAGAGAUUGCAAGUUGGUUGGUUUGUGGACGAAGACGACAGCGGGGGAGGACAAAGGCAGAAAUGGGGCGUGUGGCUCCCGUACUACAGACGUUGCGGUUCAGUCCCGUCUGAUCCUGUGGCAAGAGAAGGGCGAGAAACGGGAGGAUUAAAAAUAGGCAAGGUCUGGGUGCGUCGAUGUGGUAGGAUGGGUGACAACCCUGAAAAUCGAAGAGGAAGUGGAAGCGGCAGUAGUGAUUGCGAUGGUGGCGGGAUUCGAGUUUGCCAUCGUCGGCACGGAACAGCAGAAUUUAAGGUGGUCGACGGCCACCCACAUGCGGUGUUAACGAUAACCUUGACUCGGCCAGCGGGCGGCGGGACGAGGAGAAGAGGCGCAGGAAAGAUUUGUGUGACGGGGGCAGGUGAGGGAAGUACGGGGUUGUUUCUUUGCCUUUACUUCUUGUCGCCUUCCGACAGAGAGCCACCAACCGACGAGGAAGAGAGGUGGGGGGCGGGAGAAGAGGAGGAGGAGGAGGCGCGAAACCGACCACGACGAUAACCAUAACAACAAUAACCAAUAUUAUGUGGCUUCGCAUUACACCAUGCCUUGCCGCCAUUCGACUUAUCUCCUUCCAACCAGGCCUACCUAUCAACACGGACGAAGUGUU